AUGAAGAGCAUUAUCAAAGGUAAGUUUCUUAAGAGAUUUACAUCCAUCCCAUCAAUCUACACUUCAAAACAGAAUGCAGUACCUGUAUCUGUUUACCGCGAUUCCCCAGAAAGAUUGUCUAGUAGUCGAAACCUGCAGAAGCCACCAAACAACUUACAGCAAGAAGACAUUACAAACAAUAGUCUUGCUUUAGGAAGCAAAAAUAAUAAUGGACAUAUCAUAUCAAGUGAUGAUGACUUGUUAAACUCCAACAAAGAGGUUGAUGUAUUUGAAGAUUGUGAAUGCGGGUUUGAUGAUUUAAUGCCUGAAAUGGUAUCAUCUUCAUCAUCAUCAUCAUCAUCCUCUUCUUCGUCUUCUAACUCCUCUCCUACCAGAACAAGCGACCAAGAAGAUGAAGAAGAUGUCGAGUGUCCUAAAAACUUGACUAAUUUUCAAGAGAUAUGUCCACCAGAAGGGAGUGACAAAGUUGUGUUAUACACAACAAGCCUAAGAGGAAUUAGAAAAACAUAUGAAGAUUGCAAUGCUAUCAAGUUCCUCCUAGAUAGCUUUCGAAUUGUGUACUCUGAGAGGGAUGUCUCAAUGCACCUCAAGUUUAGGGAUGAGCUUUGGGAAGUCUUAGAAGAUCGCGUUCUUCCCCCUAGGCUCUUUAUCAAAGGAAGGUACAUUGGUGGGGCUGAUGAAGUCUUAACGCUGCAUGAGGCCGGAAUGCUGAAGAAGAUGCUGCAAGGGAUACCGGUAAGUGAUCUGAGCUCGGAUGUUAAGUGCUGCCAAUGUGGUGGAUUCCGGUUUUUGUUGUGCUCGGAUUGUAAUGGAAGUUGCAAGAUUUACAAAGGUGAUCAAGAAGAUGAUAAGGGUAGUUUGUUUGGUAGAUGUACUAAGUGUAAUGAGAAUGGGUUGAUCAAGUGUCCACCUUGCUCUUAUUAA